CGCAUGCGCCUCGACGUCACUUCCGAUCAGCCCUCCUAUAAAUGCGCCGUGUAUUCGACCCUCGACAGACAACACGACACCAAUGAUUCCUAUAUGUCCAGUAGUGUCCUUCACCUAUGUGCCCAGCCGGCUCGGUGAAGAUGCCAAGAUGGCUACCGGCAACUACUUCGGAUUUACCCACGGAGCUGCCGCCCAGUACAGUCAGCAGCCAGCUGCCGGGGUAGCCUACACUCAUCCCACUACAGUGGCUAGCUACACGGUCCACCAGGCUCCUGUUGCGGCUCACACCGUGGCAGCUGCCUACGCCCCAACGGCCGCCACAGUUGCUGUCGCGCGACCUGCGCCCGUGGCUGUCGCAGCCGCUACAGCAGCAGCAUAUGGAGGCUACCAGCCGGCACACGCUGCCACUGACUAUGGGUACACCCAGCGCCAGGCCGAAGUUCCUCCACCGCCACCACCAGUCACCUCGCAGAACUACCAAGAUACCUACUCUUAUGUGCGGUCGACAGCCCCGGCUGUUGCCUAUGAUAGUAAACAAUACUACCAGCAGCCCACUGCCACAGCUGCCGUGGCAGCUGCUCAGCCACAGCCCAGCGUGGCCGACUCUUACUACCAGACAGCUGCCAAAACGGGCUACAGCCAGGGUGUGACCUCCUACACCCAGACUCAACAGACCCGCCAGGUGACCGUGAUAAAACCUGCUGCUCCCAGUCCCGCCACAUCGACCUUUUCCAUCUACCCAGUGACCUCCACUGUUCAGCCGGUGGCGGCCGCUGCCUCCGUGGUGCCUACGUAUUCGCAGAGCCCCACGUACAGCACCAAUGCUGUCACAUACUCCGGAACUUCAUACUCCGGCUAUGAGGCUGCAGUGUACUCGGCUGCCUCCAGCUACUACCAGCAGCAACAGCACCAGAAGCAGGCGGUGGCAGCAGUCGCUGCAACAGCCGCUUGGACUGGCAACAAUUUCAACAAAAAAAAUCCCUUCCAGAAUAAACAGCUCCGACCAAAGCAGCCACCUAAGCCCCCUCAGAUCCACUAUUGUGACGUAUGCAAGAUCAGCUGCGCUGGUCCGCAGACCUACAAGGAGCACCUGGAAGGACAGAAGCACAAGAAAAAGGAAGCGGCGUUGAAGGUCUCUCAGAGUAGCAGCAAUGCUAGCAGUGGAAGUAGCGGAGGGCUCCUGGCUCGAAGUAUUCAGAACCAGCUCCGGUGUGAAUUAUGUGACGUCUCCUGCACUGGGGCCGACGCCUAUGCUGCACAUAUUCGAGGUGCCAAACACCAGAAGGUGGUCAAGCUCCAUACUAAACUUGGCAAGCCGAUUCCCUCCACUGAACCCAGCAUGGCCACCCAAACCUCAUCUCUGACCACAGCUGCCUCCAGCAAAGCCCCCAGUUCCACUUUAAGCAGUACCAGCAGCUCUCUGUGUGCCACUGCUUCCUCGAGCACCUCCUACCUAAAACCUGUCAACAUCGUCAGUAACCUGUCUGGUGUCAAGAGCCCAUCAGCAACCAGCACUGCCGCUACAGCUGCCGCCGCCGGCAAGAAGAUCAGCACGCCCAAGAUCAAUUUUGUUGGGGGGAAUAAACUCCAGACUACAGGAAAGAGUGAGGAGACCAAAAUGGAGACCAAACCGCCAACGACCUCAACAGCUGCACAGGAUGCAAAGACCCUCUCUGAAUCUCUGACGGCCUCUGCACUUGCUGCUCUUCAGAAUGAUGUCCAGCCUGUGGGGCAUGACUACGUUGAGGAGGUCCGGAAUGAUGAAGGCAAAGUCAUCCGCUUUCACUGCAAGCUCUGUGAAUGCAGUUUUAAUGACCCAAACGCAAAAGAGAUGCAUUUGAAGGGACGUCGACAUCGGCUGCAGUACAAGAAAAAGGUGAACCCAGACCUGCAGGUGGAGGUGAAGCCCAGCAUCCGUGCCAGGAAAAUCCAGGAGGAGAAGAUGAGGAAGCAGAUGCAAAAGGAGGAAUACUGGAGGCGACGAGAGGAAGAGGAGCGCUGGAGGAUGGAAAUGCGUCGUUAUGAAGAGGACAUGUACUGGAGACGUAUGGAGGAGGAGCAGCACCACUGGGACGACCGACGUCGCAUGCCUGAUGGAGGGUAUCAACAGGGACCCCCUGGCCCUCCUGGUCUGCUCGGCGUGCGCCCUGGCCUGCCGGGCAUGCCCCCUCAGGGCCCAAUGCCACUCCGGCGACCGGAUUCUUCAGACGACCGCUACGUCAUGACCAAGCAUGCCGCCAUCUACCCCUCGGAAGAGGAGCUACAGUCCAUACAGAAGAUUGUGUCCAUCACAGAGCGUGCCCUCAAGCUGGUGUCCGACAUCAUGACGGAGCAGGAUAAAGACCCGGUCAAGGAGGAGGAUGCUGACAACAAGGAGCUCGCUAAAGACAGGCCCCUCAAAGGCGUGAUGAGGGUGGGCGUGCUCGCCAAAGGUCUGCUGCUUCGUGGAGACAAAAACGUCAACCUCGUCCUGUUGUGCUCAGAGAAGCCCACCAUGAGUCUCAUGACCUGCAUUCUGGAGCACCUGCCCAAGCAACUAACAAUCGUAGCGCCCGAGAAAUAUGAGGUGAAAGGAUCAGUGGAGGAAGCGGCCAUUAUUCUCACCUCCUGCACCGAGCAAAAGAUGACGGUGACAAUCACUCUCACCUCACCCGUCAUCCGCGAGGAAAAUGGCCGGGACGGAGAUGUAACCUCGGGUAUGGUGAAAGACCCAGCGGACGUCUUGGACAGGCAAAAAUGCCUUGACGCUCUGGCUGCUCUGCGCCACGCUAAGUGGUUCCAGGCUAGAGCCAACGGACUGCAGUCCUGUGUCAUCAUCAUCCGGAUCCUGCGAGACCUGUGCCAGCGAGUUCCCACCUGGUCUGCCUUCCCCGGAUGGGCGCUGGAGCUGCUGGUUGAGAAGGCCAUCAGCAGCGCGUCGGCUCCGCUCAGCCCCGGCGACGCCCUCCGACGCGUCUUUGAAUGCAUCUCAUCAGGCAUCCUGCUCUCUGGUGGACCCGGUCUGGUGGAUCCCUGCGAGAAGAAUCCUGUGGACACGCUGGCCGCGAUGGAGGAGCAGCAGCGGGAGGACAUCACAUCCAGCGCCCAGUACGCGCUGCGGCUCCUGGCCUUCCGCCACAUCCACAAGGUCCUGGGGAUGGAUCCGCUGCCGCAGGCCAACCCCCGCUUCAGCACGCGCAACACCCGCAAGCGGCGCCACGACAGCGCCGACGGCGUGGACACCUUCGAGGGCGAAGGGAAGAAGGACAAGAAGGACUGUGACGCCUGACGGCCUUUUAAAGUAGAGUCUACUGACAGAGUUGUAUGUAGAUGUAUUUAAUGUCUCCCAAGUUCAUUUCUUUUAAUGUUUUAAUUGCUUUUAUUAGGAUUCCACUUCUGUUCCCUCUUCCUCCUUAGUUUCCUCUUUUAUUUAUUAACUUGGUCUUGCAUCAUAUCAGUUGUUUCCCCUUCCUCCUGACGGCUUUUCUCCGUUGUACAUUUCUGGCUACAGUUCUGGAUGUUGCUGUAAGAUACAGCUCUUCUGACUGCUGAGCCUGUGGCUCAAGGCUCGCCUCAGCUGCUCCCUCUGGUGGUGCGGGUGGCUCGCAGCAGGAGGUCGGAACCUUCCUGUACGCUGUAACUGCGGCGAACAGGAAGCUUCACUGAGGCGGUGGCGGCUGCCACAGAUGAGCCUCACUGUUGGUGUGUGUUCGUGACCCGUCGGCAGAUGCUGGUGUACUUCUGUUGUAUGUUUUUCAUAUAAUAUAUAUAUAUAUAUAUAUAUCUGGAACACUGACGUUCUGACCUGACCAAGUUGCUAGGACCUGAGAGCAUGGCUUUAUCUCCAGCUGUAGAGUUGCCCUCCUCCCCAUCGGUGCUGUUACGUCACGUCUGGAAAGGAAAGCAGCUGCAGGGAACUGAAUGAAACAUUUCCAGAUCUGAAAGUGACUUUCAAAAGGCCUCACAGGUCCCUUCUCAAGCUUCACACUGGGUGACAGAUUUGCCUGUAACUGAAACACACUUCAAGUUGUUGCUCUGUUCUAAUAAAAAGAAGGAAUGUUU